AUGCACUCGACCUUACAGGACGCAACAGAGUCGCACGGGGCAGCCCCGACCGCUGCCGCCGCCCGCGUCGAUGCGACUGCACCGACCAGCAGCACGACGUGGUGCAACAUCGUGGGCAAAAGUCGCGCGGUCCGAACGAGCGCCGCGCAGGACUGGCCGUGGCUCGGCUGGGCCUUUGUCUACGUCUACUCGCUCGUGUUCCUCUUUGCCUACCGGUGCUCGGCGCUCAGCGCGCUGAUGGAGAUGUACGCCGACGCUACUGACGGAACCCUAGCGGUCCUCCUGGGCGCACUGCUGCUCGGGGCCCUGGAAGACUUUGUCUGCGUGACGUACUUUGUCUGUCUCUUGUGGGCCGCCGACAGCGUCCGCAGUGCUGUGGCCGUCGCGCACGUCGACCAUCGCACGGACAGCGCCGCAGCGGUCCGCACAGUGACUUCGCUCGCGACGUUCGCCACGUCGUGGACGCUGUUCAUGGCGACGAUGCUGCCGUUCGUCGCCGACGUUGUGGUCGUGCAGCUGCGGGACAUGCGCUUCACGUUCGACCUCAUUGUGAUGGCCAUUCAGGAGAAGGACAGCGUCAGCUCGUUCGACGUGUCGCCGGAGCAGCUGCACAAUGCGUACGCCAAUGCCACUGUGAUCGUCGUGGCGGCCUCGUGCUUUGCGCUCGUGCGGACACUCGAGUCGUGGACGGACCUUGCGCGGUGGAACCCGACGCAGAUGUGGUCGGACGCUGCGUACACGUACGACAGCGUACGCUCCAGUGAAGACACUGCUGCAGAGGAUGGUCACGUUUGGAGCGCUGAACGUCGUCGGGAUUUGAGUGAAGCUGCUGCGCGGGAUAGUGCAGCCAAAGUGGUGGACGUGGGUAGCGAUGGGACUUCUCGGUAUGUGACGGUUGAGAUUGACGACGUCAGUCAUAGCGCUGAUGCUGAAGAUGCUGUGCGGGAGGGGGAGGAAGAGGAGGACGACGACGAUGAUGAUACGGCGCAGAUGCUGUCCGUGAACAAGCACAAGCUGCCGCGAGCUGGGAAGUGCCAGAUGUACAAGCAGACUCUCGUUGCACUCAUGGGGUUGACGCUGCUGUCUAUUGCUGCGGUUGCAGUGAGCUCCGUCUGUUCGCCCCUCGUGGCGUAUCUGGCGCUCAACACGACGCUGAACGAGAUGCUCGGACGGUCUCUGCAGCCAGCGCUGGACGGCGAUUACUCGUUGCUGGACGACGGGAAGCUGCCCUGGGCCGAGACGUUCAUCCACCGGGCAACGGAGAAGCACAAGUUGUACGGGAACGACACGUUGUACCGACGCACGACGGGGUUCCGAGGAGACCUGGCGUUUGACGUGAAGGUGAGCGCAAAGGACCCGCCGAAUGUGCUGCUGCUGGUGAUCGAGAGCUUCCGGUUCCACGACUCGCGCUAUCUCGUUGGCAAAGACGACCCGUCGAACCUGUUCCGGGGCACGACGAACGUCACGGUCACGCCCAACUUUGACCGAUGGGCACAGCGAGGCAUUGGACUGCGGAACCACUGGUCGAGCUGGCGCACGAGUCGAUCAGUGGAGAGUCUGCUGUUCGGACAGCUGCCGUACGACCACGUGACCAAGUCGGGGAUGACUGGAGGCCAGUACGAAACCAAGCUAGCUGGCCUGCCGCAGCUCUUCUCGGCAAAGGGGUACGAGACCGUCUUCAGUACUGGCUGCCGCACCAACUACGACAGUUGGGACUCCUUCCUUCCUCAACAUGGCUUCGACUCGGUGUGGAGUAGCAAUGAAAUGAAGCUGAUCGCCGAGAGGGACUAUAGCAUCAAACGCCGAGACUGGUCAGGUCGAGCGCACCGUGCGUUCGGCUGGGGCGUGCACGACGACGUGAGCUUCCAGGUCCUCGGCGACCUCAUGAUCAACAAGACAAAGGCCCAAGCGCGUCGCGUGACCCACGGCAAGAAGAAGAAGCCCAUGUUCCUGACGCACUAUACCAUCUCGAGCCACGUGAACUACAUGUCGCGACCGCGAUGGUACAACCAGUCGGCCAAGCCCGACUUCUCGCCGCUGUACAAAGGCCUCAAGCACGCGGCGAACAUCAAGAACUACCUCGAGAUCCGGUACUUUACGGACAUGGAGUUUGGCAAGUUCAUGGACCGAAUGGCUGCCGCAGGCGUUCUCAACGACACGAUUGUCGUGAUCUCUGGUGAUCAUGGCCAGGGCCCAGAGGUUGGCAAUGACGUUCCCCAGGCUCGAGAAGUGUCGGCCAUGCGCGUGGCUGGGGCUAUUGUGGCCGAAGGGCGACUGGGUAAAGCUGCGGGAUUGGUCUUGGACGACGCCACGGAGCAGUACGAUAUCCUCAACACACUGGCCGACAUCACGGGCGUCCCGAAAGGCGGGUUCAAUCAAACGGGCGUGGGCCGCUCGCUCAAGCGCAAGAUCGGCUUUGGCCAGCGCGUGGUGUACAGCAACGACCCUGCGCGGAAAAUGUCACUGGUGCGUGGACACGAUCGGUUGCGGUAUGACCGCAUGACGGACUCAGCUCUACUCCACGACGUCGAUAAAGACCACGACAUGCAGCGGAAUCUCUUACCUGAGCUUCCGAAGAAGAAGCAGAUGGAGUGGAAACGCUUGCGCGAGGCGGGACGACGGAUCAACUCGUACUAUACGAAACGCUGGCAGGGACACUGCCUGCUCGCUGCAACGUGUGACUCGUGA